AUGAAAUUAAUUUUAAGUUUAUUAACUUUAUCAAUUUUAUAUUGUGCUAAUACUGUAAAUGCAAUUAGUGGUCAAGUAACAUAUUAUAAUGAUGUAGGUUAUGGCGCCUGUGGUACUGCUAUUGAUGCAAAUACACAAUUUUUAGCAGCAGUUCCACCAGCUUAUUGGACUACAGCAAAUCCAAAUUUAGAUCCAGUUUGUGGUAAACAAGUAAAAUUAACAUAUAAUGGUAAUUCAAUUACACUUCCAGUACGUGAUAAAUGCCCAGGUUGUCCAACUAAUAAUAUUGAUAUUAGUGCUCCUGCAUUUACUCAAUUAGUAGGUAGUCUUGGACCUGGUAGAGUUAGUGUAACUUGGGAAUUCCUUGGUGGUAGUUCAAGUGGUGGUACAACAGGUACAGUUUCAACAACAACUGGUGGUAGUGGUACUUGUCCAAGAACUGCAACAGUUAGUGCAGGUCAAGGCUGUUAUGACGUAUGGGUAUCAAAUUGUAAUAAUGCUUGGGAUGAGAACCAAUUCUACGCUGCUAAUCCAGGUGUAUCAUGUACUGCUCUUCAAGUUGGUCAAAAAUUAUGUUGUGGUGGUACAUCAUCAUCAUCUUCAACAACUGGUAGUGCUUCUUGUUCAAGAAAAGGUACUGUUGAUGCAGGUCAAGGUUGUUAUGAUGUAUGGGUAUCAAAAUGUAAUAAUGCAUGGAAUGAGAAUCAAUUCUAUGCUGCAAAUCCAGGUGUUGUUUGUACUGAUCUUCAAGUUGGCCAACAAUUAUGUUGUAAUUAA